GAGAGAGAAAGAGGAGGAAAACUUGGCCCGGAAGUGUACACUUCGUUGCAUCCCUUUUGGCCUUCGUCUGUUCCCCAACUCUGCGCGAGGUUGGGACAAAAAGCGCCCCUUUCUGCUCCCCAAAAGCUAGAUAAAAGAUCGAUCGAUCGAGAGAGAGAGAGAGAGAGUUCAUGGAAUAGGAGUCGAGCUCCAGCUUCCUUCGCAGUGCUUGUCCUUCGUGUCGUGGCUUAAGGCCGCUCGAUGAAGGGGAGCCACGAGCACGGCCGGAGCAGCGGCUGGUCGUCGAAGGGCAGCGCGAGGGAGAACGCCGAAGAGGACGAGGACGAGGCGUACGUGGCGGUGGUGAAGGAUGUGAAGGAGGGGAAGGCCAACUUCCUGUGGCUGCUCCACAACACCCCCGAGGACAAGAAGGUGGUCGUCGUUCACGUCCACCGCCCGGCCCAGAAGAUCCCCACCGAUACCGAGCUCUUCCUUCCUCUCUCGAUUGCAGCGUUGGGUUGGAUUCCUGCGUCCCAUCUACAGGAGGAAGAGGUUGCAGCAUACAGAAGCAUUGAGAGAGCCAACAUGCACGGAUGUUUAGACGAGUACAUAACUAUGUGUUCCCGUGUAAAGGUGAAAAGAGCAGGAAAACUCGUGAUCGAGAAAGACGAUGUCAGAAAAGGACUAGUGGAGCUCGUGGCUCAGCAUGGAAUCACCCAACUUGUUAUGGGCGCAGCAGCAGACAAAUAUUAUUCGAGGCGAAUGAAGGGUCCGAGGUCGAAGACAGCUCUGGCCGUGCAGCAGCAGGCUGAUCCAUCAUGCAAGAUCUGGUUUGUCUGCAAAGGGAACCUCAUCUGCACCAGGGAUGCCUGUGUUGAUGAAGCAGUCGCAGCUCACAAACCCACGACAAGAUCUGCCGAUUCCUCCCCACACACACAGUUGGCCAUGGCAGCUUGGCCUGGUGAAGGACCGGCGGGAUCAUCGACCUCAGGGAGCGGAGAGAGCAGCGUUAAUGAUACGUGGGAUGUUGCGUCGAGGGCUUCGGACCACUCUCUCCACGGAAACAUGGCUUCGUCGCCGGAAGUGCCGCCGGAAGCGGACAGAGAUGAUGGAUCGCUCGUUCUACGGACACUUCCUGCACCUGGAGAUGUCCCUCAGUUCCAAUCUCCACAACGUUACCUGGAGGAUCUUGGUGUCGAUGGUGCCAUGUACGAACGGCUGGAAGCUGCGCUGAAGGAAGCGGAUAACACGAAACGUGAAGCUUAUGAAGAGCUCCACAAGCGUCAGAUAGCUGAGAAGGACCUGAGCGAGGCUGCGAGGAAGGUCGACGUCGCCGAGACUGCAUACAACAAAGAGGUGAGACAAAGGAAAGAAAUCGAAGAAGCGGUAGCAAAAGAUGAGAUGCAACUGUCAGCACUGAGAAAACAGCGAGAUGAGGUCAAUGAAGAACUCCAGCAAGCACGUCAGAAGAUGGCAGCGCUGGAACUCCAAAUAUCUGAUUCUGACCAAAUUCUCAAGGAUAUCAAAGCCAAAUUGCCCGAGGCAUACAGCCACCUCGAUUCGAUCCGAGGAGAGCAUGAGCUGUCGCAGCAGGAGCGAGUGCAUCAGAAGAAUGAAGAAGCAACAACCAGCACUCGUGGAGCAGAACACUUCUCCGAGUUCUCCCUUUCGGAGCUGGAACAAGCAACAGAAAACUUCCAUGAGGCAUCAAAGAUCGGCGAAGGUGGAUACGGAUGUGUAUAUAAAGGCUCCCUUCGCCAUACGACAGUGGCAAUAAAGAGGUUGAAUCCACAAGGCAAGCAAAGAACAGCAGAAUUCCGGCGAGAGAUUGAUAUUUUAAGUAGAGUAAGGCAUCCAAACCUUGUCACUCUCAUAGGAGCAUGCCCAGAAGCCAGAGCUCUCGUUUACGAGUAUCUUCCUGGUGGAAGCUUGGAAGACCACCUUACUCGCAAGCUCACCUGGCAGGUCCGCAUCCGCAUUGCAGCUGAAAUAUGCUCCGCUCUCGUCUUCCUCCACUCCCGUAAACCCCUUAGUGUGGUCCAUGGUGAUCUUAAGCCUGUAAACAUUCUUCUCGAUUCAAACUUUGUGAGCAAGAUUAGUGACUUGGGUAUGAACCGACUGCUUGUCCGGUCCAUUGGCAGCAGCACCCUCUACCACUGCAUGCAUCUGCGCAAGGGAACAUUUGCUUACAUGGACCCUGAAUUGCUCUCAUCCGGAGAAAUCACAGCAAAAUCUGAUGUGUACUCCUUCGGAGUCAUACUUCUGCAACUUCUAACGGGAAGGGCAGCAUUUGGAGUGAGCAAAGUAGUAAAAGAGGCAUUGGAUAUGAAAUGCUUGGAGAGGGUACUUGAUGCUUCUGCAGGGGACUGGCCAUAUGUGCAGGCAGAGAAGUUGGCAAAACUGGGGUUGAAAUGCUGUGACAUGAACAGGAGGAACCGGCCAGAUGCAAAAGAGGCAUGGAAAAUGCUUCAGCCCUUGAUGAAGUCCAUCUCAUUUGCCAGGUUAUCGCCUUCAUCGAUUAUGUUAGCUCCAGAGUACAGCAGCUGCAUUCCAUCAUACUUCAUCUGUCCAAUAUUUAAGGAGCUUAUGAGGGAUCCACAAAUAGCAGCAGAUGGUUUCACUUACGAAGGUGAGGCCAUUAAAGGAUGGCUUAGCAGCGGCAAUGAGACAUCACCCAUGACUAACCUCAGGCUAUCCGAUUGCGAGCUACUCCCCAAUCAUGCCCUUCGUUCUGCAAUUCAAGGAUGGCUUCAACAUCAAAAUUGAUAUGAUUUCAGGAAUAAAGAAAGGAAAUAGCUGUGUCAAUUGGACGACUGUGUAAGUUCAUAGAGAGAGAGAGAGAAAAAAAAAAGUUUAUUACCAGUACAUGGAAUGUACAUUUGUAUCCAUUGAGUUGCAUAAAUCUUGGUCUUGGAUUUAAGACAAAGAGGCAUGUAUAGGACUUUUGUUUUUCAUACGAACGCUGUCCUUUUCUCCUAACAGAGGUAAUAUGACGAUACAUUGUUCAUUCAAACUAA